AUGGGCACGGUGCUGUCGCUUUCCCCUGCUUCCUCGGCCAAAGGCCGGAGGCCGGGAGGGCUGCCGGAGGAGAAAAAGAAGGCGCCGCCCGCGGGGGACGAGGCGCUGGGGGGCUACGGUGCGCCACCGGCGGGCAAGGGCGGCAAAGGCGAGAGCCGGCUCAAACGGCCGUCCGUGCUCAUCUCGGCGCUCACCUGGAAGCGCCUGGUGGCAGCCUCGGCCAAGAAGAAGAAAGGCAGCAAAAAGGUGACGCCCAAGCCAGCGUCCACUGGUCCCGACCCUCUGGUCCAGCAGCGCAACCGCGAGAACCUUCUGCGCAAGGGCCGCGACGCCCCCGACGGUGGCGGAACCGCCAAGCCCCUGGCCGUGCCGGUGCCCACAGUGCCCGCGGCCGCUGCUACCUGCGAGCCCCCGUCGGGGGGCAGCGCGGCCGCCCCGCCACCAGGCUCAGGCGGGGGAAAGCCGCCGCCGCCGCCACCCCCAGCCCCGCAGGCGGCUCCGCCGGCGCCCGGAGGCUCGCCGCGGCGGGUCAUCGUGCAGGCGUCCACGGGCGAGCUGCUGCGCUGCCUCGGCGAUUUCGUGUGCCGACGCUGCUACCGCCUCAAGGAGCUGAGCCCCGGCGAGCUGGUGGGCUGGUUCCGCGGCGUGGACCGCUCGCUGCUGCUGCAGGGCUGGCAAGACCAGGCCUUCAUUACGCCCGCCAACCUGGUGUUCGUAUACCUGCUGUGCCGCGAGUCGCUGCGCGGGGACGAGCUGGCGUCGGCCGCCGAACUGCAGGCCGCCUUCCUCACCUGCCUCUACCUCGCCUACUCCUACAUGGGCAACGAGAUCUCUUAUCCGCUCAAGCCCUUCCUCGUGGAGCCCGACAAGGAGCGCUUCUGGCAGCGCUGCCUGCGCCUCAUCCAGCGGCUCAGCCCGCAGAUGCUACGGCUCAACGCCGACCCCCACUUCUUCACGCAAGUCUUUCAAGACCUCAAGAACGAGGGCGAGGCCGCGGCAGGCACCGGGGGUCCACCGAGCGGAGGCGCGUCCACCACCUCCUCCUCGACCGCCAGGGACAGCUGCGCGGCCGGAGCCAAGCAUUGGACUAUGAACUUGGACCGCUAG